UGACGUCAUGCGUCGCAGGUUGGGCGGAAGUUGCGCGAGCAGCAGGCUGUCACCGGAGCCGUUAGCCGCUUGCUCCCUUGAAAACAAGUGAAGUUUAUUAAUAAAAACAUUAACAAGUGUGAACUAAACCAGCUAGCACGUCAACAUGGAUGACGACGUGCUGACAACUCUGAAGCUGUUGAUAAUCGGCGAGAGUGGAGUCGGGAAAUCCAGUCUCCUGCUAAGGUUUACAGAUGACACUUUUGACCCUGAGCAGACAGCAACUAUAGGUGUGGAUUUCAAAGUGAAGACACUCGCAAUAGAUGGGAACAAAGCAAAGCUCGCCAUAUGGGACACAGCCGGACAGGAGAGGUUUCGCACCCUGACGCCCAGCUACUACCGUGGUGCACAGGGAGUCAUACUGGUGUAUGAUGUCACGAAGCGCGACACUUUCACAAAGCUUGAAAACUGGCUGAAUGAACUGGAGACCUACACAACACGCAAUGAUAUUGUGAAAAUGCUUGUGGGUAACAAAAUCGAUAAGGACGACCGUGAAGUGGACAGGAAUGAAGGGCUGAAAUUUGCCAGGAAACACUCGAUGCUUUUUAUUGAGGCCAGCGCAAAGACCAAAGAUGGUGUCCAGUGUGCCUUUGAAGAGUUGGUGGAGAAGAUCCUCCAGACUCCCGGCCUGUGGGAGAGUGAAAACCAGAGUCCGAGGGUCCGUCUGGGGGAACAGGAGGAGGGCCAGGGCAGGGCAUGCGGAGGGUACUGCUCCAUACCCUGAAACUUGACAGAACCAAAAAGCACCAACCUGAUAGGAACGACUACGGACCAGAAACAGAACCAGAAAAAGAGCGAGCGGGCGAGCGGGAGGGGGAAACUAGAUGUAUUCUUUUAAAAAGCUGGAGUAGUUCUGUCGGUCUAAAGGACUUUGCUGUUUGCACACUACCUUUUCAACCAUCAUCUGUCACUUCUUUCUAUUUAAAACACGAAUGAAGCAUCAUGAAGAAAAAAGCCUAAGUCUAAGAAAGUGAAGCAUUUUAAUUUGACAUAACCAUGCCAAGUGUACGUCAUAUGCGUGUAUGUCUGGUUUGAAUUGAUCUUAUUGGCAGCGAUGAUUCUGUUGUACAUUAAGGCUUCAGGUUCAGCAUAGUGCCUAUAACAUGAACCAAUUUGUAGGUUAGAGUGCGUAGCUUGUCAAACAAUGUGAUCCAACUUAAUCAAUAAAGACGUCGUCUACAAUCUCUUCGAGGAGAAAACAGUUCCCUGAUAUGUAGCUGCAAAUUUAAGACAUGUAUGUCCCAGCUCUAUGUCAUAUAAGCACAUGAGUCGGAUGGAGGUUUGUGCUGGAGGAGACCUGUUAUAUGUAGUGUCUGCUUCUAUUUAAAGUCUGUAACCACGCACCACAACACUGUGAAAGCUCCUAAGUAAGACAUUUCACAUCAGACCCCAGUUACUGACCCUGCUUACUUCCACUUCUUUGUUAGAUGGCAUGUUCCAUCACGUUCCAUGUAUGUAUAAAGGCUUCAAGAGAACACAUUCUCUGUUUAUUUUCCAUUAUUACAUGUAAACACCUGAGGCAAGUAAAUGUCUCUGUCUUUAAGGGUUUUCUGCAACCAGACUUGUCUUUGGGUUUCUCUGCAUGUCUAAUCUGGACCACAGCUGCGACAGGUGACAGGUUUUAUUCUAACAGCUACUGCAAUGAAAUUAUAUCUGUUUUUGCUACCUGCUCUGAAAAAGAUUGAAAGUGUCAGCUUAAGCCUGGAAGCUUGAUUCCCCCCCCCCAUUUUAUUUUGCAUUUUCUGUGUGGUGUGAUCCUUAUAAAUGGUCAGUUACCCUCCUCUGUCUCACACAUUAUAGUCUGACAUCAUUCCUUGUAUUAUUAUUUGUUUGUAUUGCUUUGCUUUCUUUCAGUUAAGUUGACCUUUCCCUUUCAUGUCUGUACUUUUUCCUGUUGCUUUUGCUGUGCAUCUGUUUAAUCAAAAAAAAAAAGAAAGCAAUAUGUUAAAUUGCCUUAACAUUGACAGACAUUCAAUAGGGUUAUUGUAACGCGUGUAAGGUUUCAAACUAAAAUAAAUGACAACCUCAAGAUGA